CAAGGGCAGCAGGGUACAGUCGUGAUAAGCAAAAGGAGAUGCAAAACAUACAGCAGCAGGGAUUCCCACGUGGUCACCCACCGUAGUACUAAUCUGCCGUUCAACUGCUUAUGUAUGGCAGAGCGGACGGAUGCCCAGUUUUCAGCUGACUGUGGCCGUAUGUGCUUGGAUUGUUAA